AUGAUACAUGUAUAUGAUAUGAAACCAUAUAAUUUAACAUUAUUCAAUAUACAAGAUUCAUUACCAAUAUCAGCUAUAUCAUUAGCUAUUGUAUUUGAUUCAACUGGCUCUAUGGGUAAUGAUUUAAAACAAGUGAAAAUUGGUUCAAGACGUAUAUUACAAAGACAUUUACAACGUGGUGAAUCAAAUUAUAUAAAAGAUUUUGUUUUAGUUAAAGUACAUGAUCCAGAUGUUGGACCAGCUAAAGUGACAACAUCCACUAAAACAUUUUAUGAAUAUUUAGAUAAUGUUUAUACUCAAGGUGGUGGUGAUUGUCCAGAAAUGACAAUAACUGGCAUUGAAUUAGCAUUGGAAGCCUCUAGACCAAAUUCAUUAAUUUAUGUUUUUACAGAUAGUAGCGCUAAAGAUUAUAAUCGUACAGAAAGAGUACUCAAUUUAAUACAACAAAAACAAAGUCAAGUUGUAUUUGUUCUAACUGGAUUUUGUAAUACAACGGAUGAACCUGGUUUUGAAGCAUAUCGUCAAAUUGCUACAGUUAGCUCUGGUCAACUUUAUAUAAUUGGUAAAGGUCAAGUUAAUGAAUUUAUGCAAGUGGUUGAAGCUGCUGUUGAAGCACGUAAAGUACAUAUACUUCAACAAGAUACAUUGAAUACCGAAUCAAAAACUUAUAGCUUCCCAGUCGAUUCACAUUUAUCACAAUUAACUAUACAAGUAACAAAUCAUCAACGUGAUCGUGCAAUCAAUGUAAAAAUUCGUAAUCCUGAAGGAAAACUAAUUGAUAAAGAAGAUGGUCUAAAACAAUUAAUGAAAGCUGUAAAAUCUGUAUUUGUCGGAUCAAUUGAUCGACCUAAACCAGGUCAGUGGACAUUAGAAGUUGGCAUUGAUACAGAGGAAAUUGAUUCGGAAACAAUGGAUAUGAAUAACGACAAUAAUAAUAUUAAUAAUGAUAGUAAUUUACAACGUGAACGAUGGAUUUCUGUUCGAGUUUCUGGUAUAAGUGAUGUUGAUUUUUUGCAAGGUUUUUCAACAACACCAAAAUUGUAUAAUUAUGGUGCAUCAACACAACCGAUUGCAGGUGUUCAAAAUUACAUUAUGGUUAAUAUGACUGGACGAUUUCUACCAGGACAAAUUGAUCAUUUUGAUAUGCGUGGAUCAAAUGGUUCAUCAAUUGUACGAUUACCUGUACAACAAACUGAAACAUUUCAAAUUUAUGUUAGUCAACAAGCAAUGGAACCAAUUACUGGACAUUAUUAUCUUGAAGUAUCUGGACGUGAUGGACAAGGUUAUCCAUUUCAACGUUGUUCUAAAGUAGCAUUAUCUUCUAGACAACCACAACAAAUUGUUGUUACAUGUCCAGCACAAAUUGAUGUUAGAAGAGGAGCUACAGCAGAAUUAUCAUGUUCUGUAACAAGUGAAAUACCAUAUACAGUAAAAUGGUUUAAAGAUAAACAACCAAUUACAGGAUAUCAUGAUGAAAAUAAAGUUUACAAUUUCCCAACUAAUGUUUUAUAUACAAUUACUGAUGUCAAUGAAGAAUCACAUGGGAUUUAUUCAGUAGAAGUAAUACCUACAGUUACUGAUGAUGAGAAAAAGAUUGAUGGUCAAUAUAAAGAUGAAAUAUCUGUGAAUAUAUUACCACCUCCUCCUCGUGUUUUAAUACCACGUAAUGCAAGUGUUGAGCCUAGAACAGAUGCAAUAAUUACUUGUAAUAUAUUUAGUUUAGAUGAAAAUAUUGAAGUAAAAUGGUAUCGUGGUUUAGAUCCAAGAUUUGAAUUAAAAAAUGGACGUCGUCAUACAAUUAAAUUGAAUCAAGAUACACCUGCAGGUGGUUUAGCAUCAGCAUUCACCAGUACUUUAACAAUAAGGUCUGCUACUGAAAGCGAUUCGGGCAAGUAUAUUUGUGAAGCUGAACAUAAAGGUGGUAUAAGUGAAGCGGAUGGAUUCCUUAUUAUACAUACACGUCCUGUUGUGAAUACAGAUGAAGAAAUUGUAACAUUUAAAGAAGGUAGUUCACUUGUAUUAAGUUGUCGUUCAGAAGGAGUACCAAAACCAAAAAUUAUUUGGGCAUAUAAUGAUGUACCAAUUACAAUAUCCACUGAUGAUGAUCAACGUAUAACAGUGAUUGAAGAAUACUUUGAGUCAAGAUUAAUUAUUCGUCCAGCGAAAUCUGGUGAUGCGGGAAAUUAUUCUUGUAUAGCUAUUAAUUCAGCUGAAAUAUCUAGUCUAUUGCCAGUUGAAGGUCAAGAACAAAUAUUUACAUGCCAUGUUACUGGUAAACCGAAACCUAAAUUCACUACAUUACGCAAUCAGAGAAUAGGAACUAUGCAUUUAACCUUAAUUUACGAACGUUUAGGGAAACUAGAUGAGGUUAAUGAUAGUCAUAGUUUUGUUACUAGUAGUCCAGGAAUUCAUAUUGAUGAAGAAAGAGGAGUACUGAAAUUACUUUCAGUUCGUCAAGAUAUGAAAGGAGAAUGGACCUGUCUUGCUGAAAGUAUAGCUGGUUAUACAAGAGAAUCUGUACUAAUGGAUGUUGGAUUUCCACCUAAAGUACUUACAGAUUUUACAAAUUCAAAAGUAUUAGCUGAAUUUUCAAUGGAUACAACUUUAAGUUGUCCAAUAACUGGUCAACCUCUUCCUAAUGUUAAAUGGUAUCGUGUUACUGGUUCAGGGAAUAUACCAUUAAAUUUUGGUAAUCGUUAUAUAUUACAAGCGGAUAAUUCUUUAUUAAUACAUGAUGUAAACAUGGAAGAUGGAGGUGUUUUCAUUUGUGAAGCUGUUAAUAUGUAUGGUAAAGUGAGUCAUUCAGUCACCGUUGAAAUUGGAGGCACAAAAGCUCCAUCUAUAUCAUUUACACAACCAAAACAAUUAGUUCUUGUUGGUACAACAGAAAAACUAAUUAUUUAUGGAUUUAACUUAAUUAUACGUGAUAUAGAAAUAGAAGAUGAAGGGAUCUAUACUUGUAUUGCACGCAAUGUAGUUGGAAAGGCUAAAUUUGAUAUUGAAUUAGAUGUACAAGGAAAACCAAAGUUUUUAGAUUCAUCUAUUGGAGGUAAAAUUGAUGUGACACAAGGUGAUAAUUUAGUUUUGGAAUGUAAAGUUGAAGGUGAUCCAAAACCAAUUGUUGAAUGGCGUAAAGAUGGUAGAAUAAUUUUACCACAAGGACCUGGAACAAGUACCGGGACAUUGUAUGGAUCAAAUAUGGGUUCAAUUGGACCGGCUAUUGUUAUUUCACCUGAUGGAUAUACAUUGACAAUAUAUUCAGUUACAGAAGCUGUUACUGGAAGUUUCACAUGUUCUGCUAUUAAUGUUCAUGCAAUUGAAUCAAAAGAAUUUGAAAUAAGUGUUAAAACACCACCUGUUAUAUCAAAAGAGGGUAGUAGUGAAUUUGAAUUGGGUAAUCAAGAAGUUGGUUUAUUAACUUGUAUUAUUGCAAUUAGUCAACCUCCAGCUAAAGUAACAUGGUAUAAAGAUGGAAGACCAUUAGAACAUAUUCCUGGUCGAAUUAAUUUUCUUGAUCAUGGACAUACUGUAGAAAUACGUGGUAAAAAUGAAGAAGACUCUGGUUCAUAUGAAUGUCGUGCUGAAAAUGUUGCUGGGAUAGAUUCUAGAUUUUAUCAAGUAACAAUAUUAAUUCCUCCAGAGAUUACAACAAUUGGAACUUCUACUCGUCGACUUGUUCAAUCAGGUCAUAAAUUAGAACUUGAAUGUGGUAUGACUGGUUAUCCUGAACCAAAAUUAACAUGGUAUUGGAAUGGUAAACCAUUAUCUAGCAAUGAUGAUCAACAAGAAACUAUAGCAUCUAGUUUAGGCAUGCAAAUAAUUAAUAUGAAUCCUGAAAGAAAAGAUUUAUUUAUACAAGAAAUGAGUACUGCUUUACAAGGAAACUAUACAUGUAAAGGAAUGAAUAAAGGAGGUUCGACUGAUUUAACUUAUGAAGUUAUUUUACUUGAAAAACCUCGAAUAGAUAGUUUAAAUGAAAAAGCUGUUGUAUUUGUCAAUAACACAAUAACAUUAACAUGUGAAGCUACAGGCAGUCCAUCACCGAAUAUUACAUGGUUAUUUAAGGGAAAACCACUUGAUUUACACAAUGAUCCAGGUUAUCGCUUAGUUGGUCCAAAAAAUUUAAUGCUUUUAUCAGCAAGACCAUACCAAGGUGGAGAAUAUGAAUGUAUUGCAGAAAACGAAGCAGGAAUAGCUCAAGCACUAACUAUUUUAACUGUUUUCGAACCAACUGGUGAAAGGAAUAUGGCACAAAAUCUUACAAUUAGAACAAUACAAAUGGGUGGGAAUAUCACAUUCACAUGUGUUAUGAGUUCAAAUCCACCAGCACAGAUUAAAUGGUUUAAAGAUGAAGAAGAUAUUUAUAGUGUUAUGCCACAAGAUCGGUUUUCAAUUAGUUCUGAUGGUUCAGCUUUAACGAUUCUUAAUGUUCGUCUUGAAGAUCAAGGUCAAUUCAAAUGUUUAGCAGUUAACAUACCUGGAUCUUGGAAUUAUCAUUAUACACUGGAAGUAACAUCAUCUCCUGGUAUAUUGAGACAUUCAUCUUCACCAUCUAAAGUAAAUGUGAAUGAUGGUCAAGAAUUACGUUUACAAUGUUUAGCUACAGCAAAUCCGGAACCAGUUUAUCAAUGGUUAAAAGAUGAUACACCAUUAAGUCUUCAUGUUUUAACUAUGUCAUCCAUUGAAGGAAAUGAUUUUUCAACACCAAGUAUAGAUAUAACAAAUCUAAGUAGCCGUUAUGAACUUCAUGAUCAAGGGAGAUUACUUUUAAUUAGAGGUAUUCAAACACAUGAUGCUGGAAGAUUUACAUGUGUGGCUAGUAAUCCAGUCGGUGAAGAUAGAUUGGAUGUAGAAGUUGAAGUUUCAUCUUCCCCAAGAUUUCUUGAUGGUUUAGAUCAUGAAUCACCAAUAUUAGAGAGAGGUAAAUCAAAUCAUUUAUGGUGUAAUGUUACUGGACAUCCAGAACCUGAAAUUCGUUGGGAAUAUGAACUACCAACUAGUGGUCCAGGUGAUCGUAAUAUACAACAACGUUUAAAUGGUAGACAAUUAAUUUUACCAAAUGUCGACUAUGGUAUAAUAACACGUUAUAUUUGUAUUGGUAAAAAUAAAGCUGGUGAAAUUAAACGAAUAUUUGAUCCAACUUUAGUAUAUCCCCCAGUAAUUAUUGGACCCGAGGGAAAAAAUCCAAGACAUGUAUUACAAAACUCUAGUACACGAUUAAUAUGUGACUGGGAAGCAUCACCAAGAGCUCAAGUGGAAUGGUUUAAAGAUGGAGAAUUAAUUACAUUUGAUACAUUUCCAAAUAUUAAUAUUUCCGUUGGUGAUACACAACUUUAUCUAACCGAUGUACAAAACUCAGAUGCUGGAAAUUAUCGUUGUGUAGUAACUAAUGAAUAUGGUUUGGCCAAACGUCAAUGGUUGGUACAAGUGAUGUCUCCACCAUCAAUACGAUUUUCAAGUCAAGAAGGUGAACAUAAUAUAGCACUUGGAUCUAAUUUAGCAUUAUUUUGUGUUGCAACUGGUCAUCCAUUACCUAAAAUUACAUGGACAAAAGAUGGAAAAUCUAUAAAUGAUAGAAAAUUUACAAUUAGCGAAGAUAAUGUACAUUUACGAUUAAUCAAUGUUGAAGAAAAUGAUAAUGGUCGUUAUGCAUGUCAUGUUAUAAGUGAAUAUGGUCAAGUUUCUAAAACAUUCGAUGUGAAAAUAACAUAUGGACCUAGACUGGAUCCCGAUGGUCAGCUGCAAUACAGUGUCGAACGUACCGUAGGAGCUAGUGCUCUGCUUGAAUGUCUUGUGUCUGGUAAUCCUCGACCGAAAAUUGAAUGGUUCAAGGAUGGUAUACCACUUGAUCAACUUUCAUAUAGAUAUCGAUUAAUUAAUCAAGAUCGUCAGUUAGAAAUAAUAUCUAUGCAACCAACAGAUGCUGGUCGUUAUAGAUGUGUUGCAAAAAAUAAUUAUGGUCAAUUAGAGAUAAAUACAGAUGUUUCAGUUGGAGCUCCGGCUCGUAUUGAUCGUGGACGUGUACGUACAGAAUAUACAGUUCGUGAAGGUGAUGAACUUGUAUUACCUUGUCCAGCUACUGGAUCACCUACUCCAAAGUUAUACUUCACACGUACUGGUGAACCACGUCCAGGUAGUAGAUAUGACGAUAGUUCUGGUGUUAUUAAAUUAUCUAGACAAACUGAUAAUUUACCCAAACAUUCAGUAAUAUCACAGGACCGUCAAUCACUUACUAUUUUCCGUACUUUAAAAAGUGACAGUGGUUCAUAUCAAUGCAAUGCAAGUAACGCAGUUGGAUGGGAUAUCAUGGAAUAUAGUGUUCGAGUUCGUGUCCCUCCAACAUUUGACACAUCCAAUGUACAACCUGAAGUUCAUUGGUUUGUUAAUCAAACUAGAUCAUUAGAUUGUACAUUAAUGGAUGGUGUUGAUCCUCCACCACAAAUUAAAUGGGAAAGAAAUAAUAUGCCAAUAGUUAGUGGACCAGAUAUUCAAAUAUCUACUGAUGGUAGUCGUAUAACAGUACCUCUUGUACAAACACGUGAUGCUGGUGAAUAUAUUUGUCAUGCACAGAAUGAAGUUGGUAAAUCUACACAAAUAUUUAAUGUACUUAUAUAUGUUCGUCCAAAAUUUAUUGAUCCAAUAAGAAAAAUUCACGUACAGGCUGUUCAAAAUGAAACUAUACAAUUAGCUUGUGAAGCGACUGGUGAACCAAGACCACGAUUUGCAUGGUUUAAAAAAGAUAUUGAAAUAAUUCAACCACAAUUUAUGGAUCCACGUUAUAUUCAUUCACAAGUAUCUAGUUUAGCUAUUUUAAGCGGUGAUCAAUUAUUACAAAUAUCAAAUAUACAACCAAUUGAUCAAGGAGAAUAUGCAUGUACAGCUAGUAAUGGUGGAGGUACAAUAGAGAAGAAAUUCAAUGUGACCGUAAUUGUUCCACCUGUUAUUAUCAAACGUUAUGGAUCACCAGAAGAACAUCGUACAUCUGAAUUCAUUCCAAUCACAUUCUAUUGUUUACUGCAUGAUAUUAAUCAAACAAAAGCAGAGAUCACUUGGACUAAAGAUGGUUCACCAAUAUUAAUGUCACCGGAUGGAGAUUAUUUUGUUAUACAAGAUCAAGGUCAAAGUCUAACAGUUGUUCGUCCAACAGGUGAUGAAGUUGGGACAUAUCGUUGUUUGGCAAAGAAUAGAGCUGGUGAAGACAGUCAUAGUUUCCAAUUAUCUGUUAUUGCUACUCCUAGAUUUCCAUCAGAUUUUGUUCGUUAUCGUCAAAAACUUGUUGUACGUUUGGGUGCUGAAAUUGAAUUUGAAUGUCCAGCUUAUGGAUCACCUUCACCUACAAUUACAUGGUAUUAUAAAGGGGCACCAUUAUCUCAAUAUAACGCACCAGCUAAAUAUACUUUUGAUGAUGAUGGAAAAAAAUUGAAAAUUAUUUCAGCAACUGGUAAAGAUUUGGGUGAAUAUCAAUGUCUAGCACGUAAUGAAGCUGGGAAUAUAUCAAAAAUUUAUGAAUUAGAAGUUAUUAUGCCCCCAUUAGUUAGACUAGAUAAAACUGAAGUACGUGAAAGAGAAGGUGCUACAUUUACUGUACAUUGUUCAGCUGAAGGACAUCCUAUGCCAUCUUUAGAAUGGUUUAGAGAAACAGGUGGAUUAUUUAGACUUGGAACAAGUGUAGAUGUCAGCACUGGACUCUUAACAAUCACAGAUGCUAAAAAAGAAGAUAGUGGCCGUUAUGUCUGUAAAGCGAUCAAUAAAAUCAGCGAGGAUUCUAAAUCAGUUAUGAUUGAGAUUAUUGAACGACCUACAAUACAUACAUCAAUGAAACCAAUUUUGGCUAGAGAAAAUGAACAAAUUUUAUUACCAUGUAGAACAAGUGGUACACAACCAAUACGUAUUCAAUGGCUUUUACCGUCUGGUCAAUUAAUUACAACUGAUCAACCUGGUGUAUUUCGAUUACUUCCAGAACAAGGUCUUUUACUUGAAAAAGUACGUUCAGAACAUGCUGGUCGUUAUCGUUGCUCAGCAAAUAAUGAAGCUGGUUUCCAGAAUGCCGUUGUCAGUUUAGAAGUUUUAAUUCCACCAACAUUGGUUAAACCAGCUAAUUUAGAAGUGUCUGGUCGGUUGAAUUCUGUGUUACGAUUGAAUUGUGAAGUUGAAGGUGGUUCUCCAACGCCUACAUUAACAUGGGAACGUGAUGGUGUAACAUUUAGUCGAACUAAAAGCUAUUACACUACUACAGAAUCCGGUCUCUUUAUCUUUAAUUCACUGAAGCCUGAAGAUGAAGGAGAACUUACAUGUAUCGCUAAGAAUGCAGCUGGUGAAGAUCGUAUUACUUUCGUGUAUUUGUUCAAGUUCCACCACGUGUCUCAUUGCCAAUAUCCACAAUCGGUUAUGAAGGUAAAUCGGUUACAAUGA